AUUAACAAUUUUCAAGCAUGGCGCAUCCCAUCAUCGACCAUCUCCCUCGCGCCGCACGACCUCUUUCAGCCGAGUACGCGCCGACGUGCGCCUUGCCAGGAAUGCAGGGUGUCGUCGCAGAUCGUCGCAUGCCGUCGUCGAGUACCGCGAGUCCGAUUCGCUCCGUGGAUUCCAUGAUGGAACCGAGCCAGCGUCUGCUGUUAGUCUCCUCUCCCUUUAACGAGGAGGGCCUUUAUCUGUUAGGGUGUUUCUGCGGAUUCUCAUCAGCACCCUGAGCGCUCAGAGCAUCGCGUCCUCCGCAUCAUGAUCAUGCACCUCGCCCGCUCUUCCGCAUACGAGAUCUUGCCCAGCCGUCUUCCGCUGUCCCCCAAACCUUCCCCGCGCUAUCGGGCUGGCGACCGUUUCCCACGCGGAUUCAAUCCGGCAGCCGUUCCAUCCGCGCAUCGCGGAAUAGACAUCUCGUCAGCGGCAGUUCAGACGGGGGUUUCGGUGAUCCGUCUCCCUCGGCGCGACGCACGGCGAGAUCUGAGCAUGCCGAUGCGUAUUGCCAACGCCGCUAUACGUGUCCCGGAAUCGGACAAUAACGCGAACGCGACUCCGGAUAAUCUGAAAGACGCCUCAUCCCUAAUCGUGCAGCCAGAAGGUUCUGAUAAGGCCAGUACCGCGGUAUACCGUAACGAGAGCGGUAAUAGCGGGCAUAACCGGGCCGGCGGGCGCGUGCUGACCCCGGAGGAUCACUGGCGGCGCUACAAGCCGCAGCUGGUGACGCGGUAUGGGCAGUGGCGAUUCUGGUUACCAGCGCAGGGGCGAGCGGCGAAGCUGUCGCUGGAGUUGCUGCGCGAAAUUACUCCGGUGCACGCGGAGGGGGAGGGCGGCAGCGAGGAAUACGUGCUGCGGCACGAGCAGUUCAAGCGCCAUGGGGAAUUCCCAGCCAAGGUAGCGGAGGGCGCGUGGCCCUUCUCCUGCGCGCGUGACAGCCACCCAAACGGUAUCGUGCUGCCCUACGGCAUCUACAGCCACGGCGCACGCGUGCUAUGCACGGGGGGAGGGGGAGAGGGGGAGGAGGAAGGGGAGACUGGGGGGGGCGCUGUGGUGAUGGCGCAGCUGCAGGUAGGGGGAAGGGGGGGGAGGGCGGAAGUGAGGGGGAGAAGGUAGGGGGAAGUGGGCGUGGCAACGUGACGAGUGGGUCUGCGCCACGUGCAGUCCUGCUGACAGCCAACGUGUGCUUUGCGGAUGGCCCUGGUGCCCAGCUGAACGUGGCCUUCUCUGAGACUUCUGCGUCCCUCAGGCAGGAUGACACUCUCCCAGCAGCAGCCAGCCCUCGUGCAUCUCACUCAUUUGUGGAUGGUGGUGGGAACACAGCACCUGGUGGUGGCAGCAGCAGCACCUCGGACCAGUUUCUGCCUGACAAUUGGAUCAGCCCUCACUGGAAGACCCCUCUUCCAACUCACCUGCCUGCCUCCCUCCCUCCGCUCCCUCCCAAGCCCCUCUAUGGAGUGCCUCACUACAUCCACGCCGACCUCUACAGCACCCCUCUUCCCGAACACCCCAACAAGAGGCUGGAAACUCAGAACAAGGAGGUGUUCUCAGGGUACUUAGCAGGGGUACCUAAGGCCCAGCACAGCAGCUAUGCAGCGUGGGCCCUCCCAAGAGGCGUGGUGGUGGCUCUGCCUUCCCCCUUUGAGCGAGUGCUCAGCCAUGAGGGGGGGAGGGGGGAGGAGUUUUGGCUGGUCGUGACAUAUGUGCGGGGGGGAGGGCGAGCGGUGGAGUGCGGUGGUUGUGAGGGGAGUGAGGAGCGAUCAGGUUUGGAAGUGGGUGAAGGUAAGAUGGAGCUGGGAGAGGGGCUCGCGGAUACAGGCUACAUGGCGGAAGAUGACUGGAAGGUGCAGCAGGUGGUGAUAGCUUACGAUGCAGAUGGGCAGCUUGCAUACGUGAAGCAUACUAGGUUUCUGUAGAUAUGUAGGAGCACAAUGCUCUACUGUAUGCAUGGAGUGCUCUUGAAGUUCAUUCAAUCACUUCUGGCAUUUCCUGCAUUUG